CCGGAAUCAAUACCGAUUCCUUUCUUCUCCCAUUCCACUUGUCUCUGAUUCAUGAUUAUUUUCCAUUCCAAGUAAGUAAACGUGCCAUAAAUGCAUGCGCAGUUGAUUGACUUUUUUUUUUCCAUCCAAACUAGUUGAAGAGUUGAUGCUUGUAUUGUUUUCAUCGAAAGCAACAAAAAACAUUAAUGCUUGUAUUGAUAGGUAUGGAAAUUGAAUCAAUAGGCCUUAGUUCUAAAUAGGUCUGGGAUGAUACCUAUUAUGGUCAUUUACAUAGUGACAGCUACAGAGCUACUAUCAAAAUUUAACAAACAUUUUAUCUUUAUUAAACUCACAGCACCUUUUUGAAACACAACCUACCAAACGCUAGCUUAUCAACUCUACUUCACAGCUAAUUAAUCGCACGACAUAACUGAAGCCACUUAUUUUAAGAACAUAGCUGUACCAAACAGGGGCUAUAAGACGAACUGAUUAAUGAAAGGCAACUGACAACUAACAAACUGGGCUAACUCAACAUAGCAUUUUCAUACUCUAAUCAAUGUGAAAUAACAUGUAUCAUGACUUUGUACAACAAAUUAAUGAAAGACAACCAAUAACUAAUGAUAAUAUAAUGAGAUGUGUCCUUGUUCAUUGUCAUCCAGAGGACCAGAACCUAUACCUUAAGUUCUCAAUUAGGUUGCUUUGCUUAUGUUAAGACUUAAGAGUCAAAAAGAGUAGUAUAUAUGUGCCUUAUAAAGUUAUAAUCCUCCACGCAAAACACAUAUACAAAGAGAGACAGAGACAUAAAGAAACAGAGAAACAAAGAUGGCAGCAGAGGGAGCUGGCAAAUACACUGAAGCCUAUCCAAUGAAAAGUGGAGAUGGCCCCAGCAACUAUGCCGAGAAUUCCCUCUACCAGAAAGCAGUAGUGGAUGUGGCCAAAGAAGUUCUAAAUAAGGCGAUUGCAGAAAAGCUUGACAUGGAAAUAUUUUCAUCUGCCAACUCCUUUCACAUUGCAGAUUUGGGUUGCUCAGUUGGGCCUAAUACAUUUUACUCGGUUGAGAACAUACUUCAAGCAGUGGUAUUCAAGUAUAAAAGCCGAGGGCUUAAUUCUCAAAUCCCUGAAUUUCAAGUGUUCUUUAGUGAUCAUAACUCAAAUGACUUUAACAUGCUCUUCAAGUCCCUCCCUCAGAACAGGCGAUACUAUGCAGCCGGUGUGCCUGGUUCUUUCUAUAGUCGGUUAUUUCCUAAUGCGUCCAUUCACUUUUUUCACUCUUCUUAUGCCAUCCAAUGGCUUUCUCGAGUGCCAAAGAAGGUGUUGGAGAAACACAGUCCUUCUUGGAAUAAAGGACGCGUUCAUUACUUGGACUCCACAGAUGAAGUAGUUAGGGCUUACGAAGCUCAAUAUGCCGAGGAUAUGGAGUGCUUUCUGCAUGCCAGGGCACAAGAGAUGGUACAUGGGGGAUUGAUGGCACUUACUACUCCUGGCUACCCGGAUGAUACACCUCCUUCUCAUUCUCGGCCAUGUGUCCUCUAUCAAAUUUUAGGAUCUUGCCUCAUUGACAUGGCUAGGAAGGGGGUAGUCAGCGAGGAGAAAAUAGAUUCAUUUAACGUACCUCAAUACUAUGUGCGUCCCCGAGAACUGGAAGCUGCUGUAGAGCGAAAUGGAUGUUUUAGCAUAGAGAUAAUGGAAAACUUACCUAAUCUGUUGGAACCUGACACUUUUUUGAAAAGAAGCAAACUCGUUGCAUCUUUUAUGAGAGCUGCCCAGGAGGGCCUCUUCAAGCAGCAUUUCGGAGAAGAAAUCUUAGAUGAGCUCUUUGACUUGUUUCAGAAGAAAGUUAAAGAGCAGCACUCCGAAAUUGAAACAAGGAAGACAGUGGACAUCCUUAUUGUGCUUAAACGCAAGGAAAAUUGAUUUCAACAUGCUCUUUUCGAUGAUAUGUCAGUUCAGUUUUCUAAUUACACGACUAAGUGGCAUGUAAAAUUGCUGCAGUAUGAAUUUAAUUGUAAGCCAACUAUAUAUAAUAAGCAAUAGAGAGAUGAACUCCAGCACAAAUGUGAGUUUGAGAUGUGACUGAUGUAUGCUCAAACAUCUGGUUAACAUGUAAAAUAAAGCUUAUUUGGACAUUUUCGCUUCUU